AUGGAAAGAGACUUUGAGCUAAACUUUCAUAAUCAAUUAUUAACACAUCCUCAAAACAUUGUAACAACAAAUCAGGAUUCGGUAAAUUUAAUCGAACAAAUCAUUAAUUUCCUUUCUAAUAAAAACAACUUGAAUGAUCAAUCUAGUGUACAAGGUAUUAUGCAAAUUGUUACACAAACAUUGCAAAAUAUUACUAUGCAAAAUGAAUAUUCUCAAAUCACACAAAAAUAUCUUGAAAUUAUUAGCAACUUGUUAAUAGAAUUAGAUAACAGCCAGUUAACUAUCGCUCUACAGCUUUUAUUUCCAUUAAUAAGCGAUGAUUUAUUGAAUACGUCAAUUUUUUCUGAUGAUACAAUAGUAAAACUAGCCAUUAUCAUUCAAAAUACUGAAGGUAUAGAGUUUGACAACCAAAUAUAUCAAAUACUUCGAAAAAUAUUGAAACAAGACACUUCAAAACUUAAAAUACUUCAAUCAUCAGGGAUUUAUGACUUUAUUUAUUCAACAAUCAUAUCUAAUCCAGACAGAAUAUCACCAGAAAGCAUCAAUUUUCUCAUUUCUUAUUUACAAAAUUUAAAUGAAAAAGAUUCUAUACAAUCACUCGAAAAUCCGAUGUAUAACCUCAUUAUAUAUGCAUUUAAUGAGUCAAAACAACCAAUACUUAUAACAUCUCUAAAGUUUUUAACUAAAUUCUAUGAAAUAUUACCAAAUUUUGGAGAUUUUGUAGAAAAUUUAAUAGAUCUCAUUUUUAUUAACAUCAAAGCAGUUGAUCAGAUUACGUUACACAGAUUUUUGAAGUUUUUAGUCUUUCUUGAAAAUUCGAAUUUAUUUUUGAUUCCAAACUUUGAUAAUUUUGAUCUAUCAUUUUAUUUUGAUGCUAUACAACACAAAGAGAACAAUAUUUCUGCUUAUUCUUCAAUUUUUCUUGCAAAAUUAUUCAAAUUUUAUCCAGAUUUUGCUGAUUAUUCAGUAGAAUCAGGGGAUAUCAUGAAAGCUAAUGAUGCAAUAUUCACAUCAAGCUUUAAUGAUCGCUUAUCAUCAAUAGAAUUAAUUGCUUCUGCAAUAAUCAACAUAAAAGAUCCAUCAAAGCUUGAAAUAUUCUAUGACGAAGAUUUAAUUCAAGAGCUAAUCAAUAUAGAUGAUGUGGACAACACAAAAUUGGUCUCUAUCCAUGCAAACGCUGCUUUAAUGAGAUUAUUGUCUAAUGGAGAUGAACAUCCAGACAUUAUGGAGCUCAUUGCGUCACAUGUUAUAUGCGAUAUAGAUGAAAUAUCUGUUUCUGAAGAAUUUUCUCUUAAUAUUAAUUCAAAUUUAGAUUUGAUUGAAAAAGAAGAAUCAGAGUUCACAAACAAGAAGUAA